UCUUUUAUAUCUAUAAAAAUUCAAUACGUUUCUAGGUAUUAACAGCUUUGCAAGCCUUUGCGCGAGGAAGCUACCAAUCAGACGUUGGACAUAACAUUUACACUUCCAUUAGCCAGCCAUUCGUCAGUAAAUGCAUUCAUAGUGUCAUAGAUGCUCUAAACCAGCAACACGUGCAAAAUGAAUGGGUAAAGUUCCCCAGAAAUAUACAGGAACUGCAAACUCUCAGACAUUUUAUCAAGGGCAUGCAUUUCCCGGUGUUAUCGGAUGCAUCGAUUGUGCACACGUUGCAAUCGUAGCAACUGGCAUCAAUGAUCCGGAGUAUCCAGAACAUAUAUAUGUAAAUCCUAAAGGAUAUCAUUCCAUAAAUGUUCAAUUGGUUUCGGAUCCUGAUUUAAGGAUAAUACAUGUGAAUGCACGAUUCCCUGGGAGUACGCACGAUAAUUAUAUUUUGAACAAUACCAAUAUAUAUUCUACUAAUUUUUGUAUGAACAGAAUGCAAAUUCACAAAGUUCCCACUACAAGAGAUUCAGGAUACCCAUUGAGGCCAUGACUGCUAACCCCGAUAAACGACACUCGGCCUGGAACACCGGAAGCUGUGUACUCCGAUUGCUUAAAAAAAGCAAGAUCAUUAAUUGAACGCUACAACGGGAUAUUAAAAUUAAGAUUUCGUUGUCUUUUGAAACAUAAAGUACUGCACUACAAUCCCAAUACAGCCUCAAAAAUCAUCAACGCGUGCGUGGUAUUGCACAAUAUAUGCAUACAAAAUGGACUCCCUGCGCCUCAGCAAGAUGAAAAGAAUGAGGUUGACUUAAGAAUUUGUAAUCAUGUUCCUCAAGUUGAAGAUUUGAAUACAAAUGUAAGAAGAGCGAAUCCUGAUUUAGCAAGAGGACGAGCACUUCAACAGCAUAUAAUUAGGUCCUUUUUUACUUAAGAAGGAGAAUAUUGUGUUCAUAUAGUAUUUUUAUUUUAUAAUAUAUAAUACACCAAUAAUAUACGAAAUAUAAUACAGCAAACAUACAGAAAAAAGUAUAUAUAUUUUAUAAAAUUGUA